AUGUAUGUAAACGAUAAUGACAGACGAUUACAAGAGUUAUUUAAUGAAGUUGUUGAAAAACAUGGCAUUUUAUUUGUAUCAUCCGCAGGCAAUAAUGGACCAGCAUUGAGCACAGUCGGUGCACCCGGAUCAACUUGUACCAGUCUCAUUGGUGUUGGCGGAUAUGUAACUCCUGAAAUGCAAUUAGCAGAAUUUGCAUUGCGUGAAACAACGCCCGUGUCACCAUUUACUUGGACUAGUCGAGGCCCUUGUAGUGAUGGUUGGAUGGGUGUAUGUAUUAGCGCACCGGGUGCUGCUAUUACGAGUGUUCCUCAAUUUAAUCUCUGUCAAAGACAACUGAUGAAUGGCACAAGUAUGGCAUCACCAAAUGCUGCUGGAUGUAUUGCUUUAUUGUUAAGUGCAUUAAAAGCUGAAAAUAUUCCUUAUACUCCAGCUUUAAUUCGUCGAGCAUUAAUGAAUACAGCGUGUAAACCAAAUGAUUCAGAUGAAUUUUCAAUUGGAGCUGGACUGUUACAAAUUCAUAAAGCCUAUGAUUAUAUUGUAACAAUAUCAUCUGAAAGUCCCUAUAACAAUGUUUUGUUUGAUUGUACGGGUGGUGCUGGUAGAGGAAUUUAUCUUCGAGAAAAAGAAGAAACAAUAACAAUGACACCAGACAUUCGAAUAACCAUACGACCAAAAUUUUUUACAAAACAAAAAUGUUCAGCUAUGCAGUUGAAUCAAGAAUGUAAAAUUCGUUUUGGAUGCCAUUUAUCUUUGCAAUGUGAACCGCAAGCCACAUGGGUUCAUCAUGCAAAAUAUUUGGAUGUUUCAAAUAUCGAACGAACAAUGGAUAUUCGAUUAGAUCCUACUCAGUUGACAGAAGGUCAAGCACAUUACACAGAACUACAAGGCUAUGAUAUUGAAAAAUUACAACUUGGACCACUAUUCCGAUUUCCAAUUACAGUUGUUAAACCAAUGAGUGUUCGUCAAAAAGAUUAUGCAGUUGAAUUUAAUCAACAAUCUUUUAAAGUUGGCCAAAUUCGACGCCAUUUUAUUCAUGUACCGCAAGGAGCCAAUAUAGCUAUAUUUAAAUUUAUAAAUCAUUCACAAGAUAUAUCGGCCGUAAUGAAUUUUCAUUUUAUCUCGUUGGAACCAAAAAAGUCGUUUCGUCUAAAUGAAUAUGAAAAAAUGGUACGAGUUAAUGCACAAUCAACAUAUGAAUGUGUUUUUAAAGUACAGGAAUCUCGUACAUUAGAAGCGUGUGUUGCUCGAUGGUGGUCAAGUUUAUCAACAAUCGAUUCAACCUAUUCUUUAAAAUUUCAUUCGUUCAAUGUUUCACCAUCGACGAUUCAUCUUAGUAGUACACAAGGUUAUGAACGACUUGAUGUACAAACUCGACUUCAACUAGAAGAUAUACAACCAACAGUGACAUGGAAAUAUUUUGUACAAUCACUUAGACCAACAGCGUCUGAUACAAAAAUUCAAUGUUUGUCUCACCGAGAUUUGUUACCAGGUGGAAAACAAAUCUACGAACUUCUAUUAACGUACAAUUUUAAUUUGACAAAAGCAUCUGAAAUUCAGCCGAAAUGUCCAUAUUUUCAUGAGUUACUCUAUGACAGUGAAUAUGAAGCUGCACUAUGGAUGUGUUUUGAUUCAAAUAAACAAUAUUUAGGAGCAGGUGAUGUCAUUAAAGAUUAUACAUUAAAAUUGGAAAAGGGUGAUUAUAUAAUUCGUAUGCAUAUAAGACAUGAUAAAGUGGAUCUAUUAGAAAAAGUCAAAGAUUUAUCUAUUCAUUUGCAGCAUAAAGCAAAUGGAAUACCAGCUUUAGAGUUUUAUCAAACAUUAGACGGAUUACAUACACAAAAGAAAAAAUUUACAUCAUCAAAAAUACAUCCAGGAGUUAUAUGUCCAAUAUUUGUGACUACACUUACAGAAGACAAAUUGCCAAAAGUUAGUUCAACAACGGGGGUUUUUCUCAAAGGAACUAUUUCAUUCUCAAAAGAUGAACGAAUAAAAAAAGCGGAUAUUUGUUCAAUUUAUCAUUAUUUUAAUGAGCCAGCUAGUUCAUCCUCAACGUCUUCGGGAUCAUCUAAUGCCAAAAAAUCGUCUAAUCCUAAAAAAACAAGUGUAUUGCCUUCAAUAUCGACUACAACAACAACAACAGCAACUACCGAUGGAAGUAAUGACAGCCCUUCAACAUCAAAAGAUCAAUUAUUCCAAGAAGCAUUAAGAGAUUUUAAAAUAUCAUGGAUUUCAAAAUUGGAUGAUUCUGGUAAAUUGUAUGAUGAAUUACAACAAGAACAUACUCAUCACAUUCCUCUCUAUUUGGCACGUAUUCAACAGCUUGAAGCACAAUUGAAAACACAACAACAAAAUAAAGAGGAAAAAUUAAAUCAAAUUAUUUCCAUUGUACAAGAUAAAAUUUUACCAGUAAUCGAUGAAAAUGAAGUACUCAAAUAUUAUGGACAAAAAACACCGACAUCAUCAAACGGCAAAGAUCUCUCUCAACUCAAAAUUGAUAUGGAAAAACGUCGUAACUGGCUCAUUGAUUCGAACAUAUUAUUAGGAAAUUGUUUAUGUGAUUUACCAUCAUCGACACAAGAUAUGAAACAACUAAAUAGUAUUUAUAAACAAUUACAAAAACAUAUUGAUAUAAAUGAUACAAAAGUUUUAAAUUUUGUUUAUAAAUAUCAUUUGGCUAAUAAAAAUUAUGGUAAAGCAAUGAAAAUAUUAUUUAAACAAUUAGAAGAGAAAUCUACAAAUGAACUCGAUACAAAACUCUUACAGUUGUAUCAAAUGUUAGAUAUUCAAUAUCUUGUUCAAUAUCAAGAACGUUUAAUGUUAUCAAAAUAUCCUACAACGUAUUCGCCAAUAUUUUAA